GAGUUCAUGCUGAGUUAUACUGCACAUGCGUGGUCACGGCUCUCACCUGGCGAGUUUUUAGGCAAGUUUUUCGAGAUCAACCAAAACCCUUUUCCCCUCCCUUUUCCCAAAACUCCCAACAUGAACCGGUAGUUAGACGAGGCUCGACACCCGGAAACACUGCAGCUGUCUCGGCCUUCAGCGUUUCUUCGGCUCUGGAUCUGCCAGCUUGAAUACUACACUCACAUUUAACAGGUCAAAGAUGGACUCCCAGAGCCAGGUCGUGGACAGGCUGCGGUCAGCGUUCUCUUCAGGCGUCACAUUACCAGAGGAGUUUCGCCGAGCUCAGCUAAUGAAGUUGAUGUCGAUGGUCAAAGAAAAUGAGGAAGCGAUUGUGGAGGCUCUGCACAAAGACCUCAGAAAGCCUAAAUUUGAAACCAUCUUGUCAGAAAUCGAGAUGGUGACCAACGACCUGCACUACACCAUUAAUAACUUCUCAACCUGGAUGAAACCAGAAUAUGUUGGUAAAAACCUGGCAACAAAGCUCGACACAUGUUUUGUACGGAGGGAACCGUUAGGCGUCGUGUUAAUCAUCGGGGCGUGGAAUUACCCAUUGCAGCUCCUUGUUUUACCGCUGCUUGGAGCCAUUGCUGCAGGAAACUGUGCAGUCAUCAAGCCCUCUGAGGUCAGCUCAGCUGCAGACAGCCUGAUUGCAGAGCUCGUCCCCAAAUAUUUAUCACAGGAUUGUUAUGCUGUUGUUCGUGGAGGAGCUGAGGAGACCAAAGCACUGCUGCAGAACCGCUUUGACCACAUCUUCUACACCGGUUCUCAGACAGUGGCUCGCAGCAUCCUUCAGGCAGCCUCGGUCCAUUUAACCCCGGUGACCUUGGAGCUCGGUGGAAAGUGUCCCUGCUUUAUUUACGGCCGUGUCGACAUCACAGCUGCUGCUCGCCGCCUCAUCUGGGCAAAGUUUUUCAACGCCGGUCAGAGCUGCGUGGCUCCGGAUUAUGUUCUUUGCACGGCGGCCAUCCGGGACGCUCUUCUGCCUGAGCUGCGCCAAGCUUUGGAGGAAUUCUACGGAAAGGAGACUCAGACGUGCCCUGACUUCUGUCGCAUCGUGUCCCCGAGACACUGGACUCGACUGACAGAGCUGCUGAAGAAGACUGGGGGAAAGGUGGUGGUGGGAGGAGAGAGCAACGAGGAGGACAAAUACAUCGCUCCCACAGUGGUGGUGGACGUGCUUGAAGAUGACGCUCUCAUGCAGGAGGAGAUUUUCGGCCCCAUCCUUCCCAUCCUGACCGUGGAGUCCCUGCAGAAAGGCAUCGAUUUGAUCAACCGUAAAGAGAGGCCGCUGGCUCUUUAUGUGUUCUCUGAUGAAUCCUCAAUUGUGAACACCGUGCUGGAGAAGACUAAGAGUGGAGGAUUCUGCUCCAAUGACGGGAUCGUCCACAUGACCCUGCCAACGCUGCCCUUCGGAGGGAUUGGAUCGAGCGGUUGGGGCAGUUACCACGGCCGAUGGGGCUUUGAGACGUUCAGUCACCGGCGGGCAUGCAUGCUGCGUGGCUGGGCUCUGGAGAGACUGAACAGCCUGCGUUACCCCCCGUACACGGACAAUAAGCUCAGCUGGCUGCGCUGGACCACCUCGCCUAAAAGCAGCUGCUCCAUCAUGUAAAGACCGGCAGGAUGAGUGUAUGAGUGAGGAAAAACUUUUUUAUACUGAAUGAAAAGGUUUAAUGUUUGAGAAAGUGAUAUUAGAAUAGGGUAAAUCUUCUCUUUUUAAAUCUGUGGGUAAGUUUACUUUAACAUGCAGGGUGCUUGUGCAAUGUUUCUCACCUUUCUGCACUUUCAAGUCUUUGACACUGUAUUUAUCUCACUGCCUAAACUCAUAACUCUAAACUGUCUGUUGUUUUUACCAACUCCCUUUCCUUGUUUUCCUUGUUCCGUUCUUUUUAGACCUCACUUUGAGUAUCUGCUCUUUUUGCACACUGUUACAUGAUUUUAAAAACAUUUAAACUAAGCUAUCUUAACAUUAGGGAUAUGCAUGCCUGCCUAUUUUUUUAUCAUAAUGCACAGAAGUCUUUACACAGUGAGGAAGGUAGUUUUCUUUACAUGUAUUUUUAUUGUCUUGUCAGUGGGUGAGGAGAAAGUUUCGGUGUGCUUUUGCCUUGUUUUUCAUAUCAUAUUCAUGUAAUAAUGUAAAUAAAUUUGAUUUGAACCAUUAAAACAUAU